AGAGAGCGGUUUGUUUUUAACAGCAGCAAGCAAAAAGCGCUGAGUUUAACUCAAGUCUGGUGUUUCAAUGUUUUGGUGUUUUAAUUACUUUAAGUUAAUAUUAAACAGCCUUAAAAACAGGAAAAGGAAAACGGCUAAUUUUCAUUCUCAUCUGCGUGACAGAAGCGGAAAACCUUCAGAUGCAGAUGUACAGCUGAGUCCCUCUUCUGUGUACAGGUGACACAUCCACCUGGGAUCUAGAUUCUUCUUCUGUGGUGGAAUCAUGGAACUGGCCUAUGUAUGUGAGUGGGAGAAGCGUCCGAAGAGCACGCACUGCCCUUCCAUCCCGCUGGUCUGCUCCUGGUCCUGCAGGAACCUCGUGGCCUUCACCACAGACCUGAAGAGCGAGGACGACGACAAGAAUGUGAGUCACAUGAUCCAUAUCAUCGACACUGAGCACCCCUGGGAUGUUUUCUCCAUCAACUCUGGACACACUGAGGUCAUUUCCUGUCUGGAGUGGGACCAAUCAGGCUCACGGCUGCUGUCUGCAGACGGCGACGGGCAGAUCAAAUGCUGGUCGAUGUCAGAUCACCUGGUAAAUAGCUGGGAGAGCGUCCUAUCAAGCUCGCUAGAUGGAGACCCCAUCAUCGCUCUCAGCUGGCUGCACAAUGGUGUCAAGCUGGCACUGCACGUGGAGAUGUCUGGCUCCACAAACUUCGGGGAGAAGUUCUCACGGGUGAAAUUUUCACCGUCCUUAACGCUGUUUGGCGGUAAGCCGAUGGAGGGCUGGCUGGCGGUGACGGUGAGUGGUUUGGUGACUGUGUCGCUGCUGAAGCCAGGCGGCGCUCUGCUGACAGCGAGCGAGAGCCUGUGCCGGCUGAGAGGGCGCGUGGCGUUGGCGGAUAUUGCCUUCACUGGAGGAGGGAACAUUGUGGUGGCUGCCACAGAUGGCAGCAGCUCCUCGCCUGUGCAGUUCUACAAGGUGGUGGUCAGUGUGGUGAGUGAGAAAUGUCGCAUUGAUACUGAGCUGCUGCCCUCACUUUUCCUGCGCUGUACCACCGACCCGCUGAGGAGGGAGAAGUACCCCGCUGUCACCCACCUCAAGUUCCUGACCCGGGAGAACUCUGAGCAAGUUCUGCUGUGUGCGUCCAAUCAGAACGGCAGCAUCGUGGAGUGCUGGUCUCUGAGGAAGGAGGGACUUCCUGUUAAUAAUAUCUUCCAGCACUGUUCGCCUGUGGUGGGAGAGAAGCAGCCGACCAUCCUAAAAUGGCGGAUCCUGACGACCACCAGCGACCUGGAGCGUGUGUCGGCUGUCGCUCUGCCCAAGCUUCCCAUCUCCAUCUCCAACACUGAACUGAAGUUCUGCCCCGGACUCGGUCUGGCUCUGGCGUUUCAUGAUGGCAGCAUCCAGAUCCUGCACCGCCUCUCCCUCCACACCAUGGGCGUGUUCUACGGCGCCUCCUCGGCACAGCGCCCUGGAGAUGAGUCGGCCAUCAAGCGCCAGAGAACCGCCGGCCCCACCGUCCACUUCAAGGCCCUGCAGUUCUCCUGGACCUCAUUGGCUCUGGCUGGAGUUGACAACCACGGCAAGCUCCACAUGCUGCGUGUGUCGCCCUCUAUGGGCCAGGUGCUGGAGAUGAACACGACGCUGCGUCACCUGCUGUUCCUGCUGGAGUACUGCAUGGUGACGGGUUACGACUGGUGGGAUGUGCUGCUGCAUGUGCAGCCCAGCAUGGUGCACAACCUGGUGGAGAAGCUGCAUGAAGAGUACAUGAGGCAGAAUCAGGCGCUGCAGCAGGUUCUGGCGACACGCAUUGUGGCAGUGAAGGCUUCUCUCUGUAAACUCUCCACGGCGACAGCGGCUCGAGCGUGUGACUUCCAUGCCAAGCUACUGCUUAUCGCUAUCAGCUCCACCCUCAAGUCUCUGCUGAGGCCUCAUGUCCUCAACACGCCGGACAAGAGUCCUGGAGACCGACUGACAGAGAUCUGCGCCAAAAACACAGACACAGAUAUCGAUAAGGUGAUGCUCAACCUGAAAACGGAGGAGUUUGUACUGGAUGGUCCUCCUCUGCAGUCUCUGCAGCAGCUCAUCCAGUGGGUGGGAGACUUCGUCCUGUACUUGCUCGCCAACCUGCCCAACCAGGGCUCUAUGGUCCGGCCCGGGUUUGGCUUCAUGCGGGACGGGGCGUCUCUGGGGAUGCUGAGGGAGAUGCUGGUGAUGAUCCGGAUCUGGGGUCUGCUGAAGCCCGGCUGUUUGCCCACCUUCACUGCCACGUCGGACAACCAGGACAGCAUGCUGCUGCUGUUCAGGCUGCUCACCAAGCUGUGGCUCUGCUCACGGGAUGAUGGCGCCCCCCAGGACCCCGACGACAGUCUGAUCGACGAGUGCUGCCUGCUGCCGAGCCAGCUGCUGGUGCCCAGCAUGGACUGGCUGCCCGUCAAUGACGGUGUGAUGGUGAAGCUCCAGGGCAAGCACCCACUCAGGCUGCAGUUUGGCAAGGCCUCGUCCCUGCCCAGCAACGCCCCGCCCACACCUCUGGAGGUGUUCAACAGGACUCCUGGCUCCCAGAGGAUGGAUAACCUGCGUUGUGUUCACAUGGGCGUCUGUCCUACCGAGGAGAGCAAAGCCUGCACCAGGUGCGGCUGCGUGACAAUGCUCCGUUCUCCCAACAAGACAAACGCCAUGAAGCAAUGGGAGCAGCGCUGGAUUAAGAACUGUUUGUGUGGCGGUCUGUGGAGGAGGAUCCCACCCACGUUCACCUGAAGUGGUGACACUAAAUCACCUGUUGGUGUGGAGCUUAUUCACAUCCCAAACCUAUUGACCAAUCAGGUUCCUGAAAAUGGUCUUUAAUAUCCAGCUGAGAACCGGCUUCAUGAGACCAGUUUCUGUGUGAGGCACAGGGACUGAAUCCAGUUCCGAUUGAUCGUUGGAGCUGCACUUUGUACAUAAACAGCAUUUUUCUAAUAAAGCCAACCAAACUGAA